AGCACACAUCAACAUACGGCGAGAGCAUUCAAAAAGAGAGUAAUAAAAACCGUGCAAAACUUUUUUCUGCAAACCAAUUGUUGAAAAUGUGAGCGAGGCAACGCGAGGCGAUAAUUAUUUUUUCUGAUGGAGGUGACAAAUCUUUUCCGGUGCUAAGGCGAUAGACUAAGCUUUACGUAAGAGGAAUUUCUGGAAGAAUAUUUCCUUCCGACUGGCGAUAGCUCGGUAAGCGGGGCGAAAAAAAAUCGCUACCGCCAGACGCGAGACACGGGACCAUGGCAGAAGAUUUAUCGAUCAAUAAAAAUAAGAUCUGUUCUUCGCGUUACAACAACAACGACAUCUGUCGGUUGUGCUUGAAGAAUGAGGCCCAUAUGGAGCCGCUGUUUUACGCGAAUCUAUUUCCGAACAUUCUGCUUACCAAGAAGAUUUACGACUGCACAUCGAUACAGAUUAUUUACGAGCGCAACCUGCCGAUGUUUGUUUGCAAACUUUGCGCCAACAAGCUAGAUGAAUAUGUUCGAUUUCGGGAGCGCUGUGUAGCAAACGAUGAAUUUCUGCGGAAUGCUUUGGCAUUUUUUGAUGCAGGCCAAAACAGUAUUAAAGCUGAGUUAGAGGAGAUCAAACAAGAACAGGUGGCUGUUCCAAUUCCGGUAUCGCAGUCUGCUGUUAGCGUUCCAAUAGAUUUUCGACAGGUGAAGAAAGCCCCAGAAUCAGAAUUGUCCGAACAGGACCACGAGGAAGAUCACCUGGAACAGCGGUUUGCCUGUGAUGAUUGUGAUUUUCUCGCCGAUGACGACAAAUCGCUGCAAGAGCAUAGAAAGCAACACGAGGAGAAGCUGUACGCGUGUACAAUAUGUUCUAAAACAUUCAAAUUACGUCAACAUCUGUUGAUUCAUAGUCAUACGCAUGUCGAACUACAGCAGGAACGGUUGGAGCAGACAGCCGAUGCGAAGCCUACGUACAGCUGCACAAAGUGUACCAAAGUGUUUAUCAAUAGGGGCAAUUUGUUAAACCAUGCGGUUGAGUGCCAUGGUAAUGUAAAGAAUUUCUCUUGCGAGAUCUGCUUGAAAUCUUUCAAGUACAACGUACAACUGAGGAUUCAUAUGCGAACUCACUCCGGUGAACGACCGCACACCUGUGAGAUUUGCCAUCGAGGGUUUUCCCAGCUAUCGAAUCUACGAUCCCACCGAAAGGUCCAUUCAAAAGUUAAACCGUACAAAUGUCAGCUAUGUCUGAAGAGUUUCACCAUGCUGGACAACCUGACGGCGCACAGCCUGAAAUGCGUCAAAGACAAAUACCGGUGCACGCUGUGUGCCAAGUCGUUUGCCAAAGAAGGAAAUCUGAUUUCCCACCUACAGUGCCAUAGCGAAGGAGUUGUGGAAAAGAAUUUCAAGUGCGAAAUGUGCCCCAAAAGUUUUCGAAACAAAGAGGACUGGAAACGGCACGUUCGAGUGCAUACGGGUGAAAAGCCCUACGUUUGUGACAUAUGCCAAAAAGGAUUUGCACAAAAAGCAAACCUUCUGUCUCACCGGAAAACACAUCUUAAACCUGAAGUUAUAUUCAAAUGUGAAAGAUGCGAAAAGAUCUGCCGUACUCAGAAGCUACUGGAAAUGCACGUACAAAAGUGUGGCUUCGUUGAAUCGCCGCCCGCUUCGGUGGUGGCGGUUCAAGUGCCUACACCAACGCCACCUUCCCCAAUGGUUACGCCACCGCCGGCGCCGCUAACGCCUACCCUGGAGGUUCUAUCCGAUUUACUUCGGUAUGAGAUAGCCAUGCGAACGCCAACCAAGCUGCAGGAGAUGUUAAUGGCGGCCAUGGAGAAAAGGAAAACAGUAGUGGCUGCGCCAAGCGUACCCAUUGAACAUAUAGUACAUAAGAUGACAACGGAACAGACGCCGCCCCCAGUUGGGUCGACAAAUCGUCAAUAUCGCUGCGAGGUGUGCUUCAAGGUGUACUCGCAGUAUCCCAGCUUGGUGAAGCAUCGAAAGGUGCACCAGAAGUCACCGAGGGCCAGAUCGAAAUCCACCGAGGCUGACGACCGGCCGUAUUACUGCGACAUAUGUGGGAAAAAUUUCAAGUUCAAUCGGAAUUUGAAGGUUCACAUGAAGCUGCACACCAAAGCGAACGGAUUCUUCAAGUGCGACAAAUGCAGCAGUACGUUCGAGGCGGCCGAUCAGCUCAAGAACCACCUGCUGGAACACCCGAUCGACGUGGAAAAGAUCUUCAACUGUGAGUUCUGUUCCAACACGUUCAAAUCGAACGAAGAUCUCAAGCGGCACCGCCGAUCGCACACCGGCGAACGCCCGUUCAAAUGUGACACCUGCCCGAAGGCGUUCACCCAGCUGUCGAAUCUACGAGCCCACACCAAAAUUCACGAGAAGAAACGCACCGCCUUUGGGUGCAACAUUUGCCUUCUGGAACUCGACACGGUGGAGGCACUGAAUAUGCACCUGAAAACGCACCAGUAUCAGCUGUUCGAACUGUGCAAAGAAAUGAAACAUUAGAGUCUGUACUAGUUGUUGGCCAUAUAUACCUUCGCGUAGAAACCUGUGUUAUACCCCCCUGUAUUAGACCGUACUAUGCAUUAUACUCAUAUACACCGGUGUUAUUAAAUAUUGAAAACAUGU